UAAUUUCUCUGGUUUCCAAUUUAGAACGGGAUGUAAACGGAGUCACUAUAAACGGGUUGAAAGUGAAAUAGUAAGCACGUUUGGCCAGACCGCCGCAAUCAAAACACGGAUGAAAACAAAGACAAAGUUUUUGCCCCUUUCGGCACACAGCUCUGACACGUGCGCGACGGUGGUGGUGUGAGUGCGCUGAGCAUCUAGGUGUGUGCGUGCGUUUGUUGCCUUUCGGUAUCAGCAGACAAUUGAAAAAGAAACCAAAACGAGAACAGUGCAACUUGACGAUCGGAGAACUUUAAUCACUGAAUCGCAGUCUCAUUUUGCGGCGGUGCAGAAUCUGCGAGUUUCUGCUCUCGGUUGUAUCGCGUAAUUGCGUAGCGCGGGUUGCAAGAGCGCGGAAAGCAAACAAGGAACGUCACCAUGAAGAAAAAGGUGCUGCUGAUGGGCAAGAGUGGCUCGGGGAAGACCAGCAUGCGGUCGAUCAUCUUUGCCAAUUACAUCGCCAGAGACACGCGGAGGCUGGGAGCCACAAUCGAUGUCGAACAUUCGCAUGUCCGCUUCCUCGGCAAUCUCGUCCUGAAUCUGUGGGACUGUGGUGGCCAGGAGUCGUUCAUGGAGCAGUACUUUGCCUCACAGAAAGACAACAUCUUCCGCAACGUGGAAGUGUUGAUCUAUGUGUUCGACGUGGAGAGCCGCGAGCUGGAAAAGGAUAUGCACUACUAUCAAUCCUGCCUGGAGGCGUUGCUGGCCAACUCGGCGAAUGCGAAGGUCUUUUGCCUCGUGCACAAGAUGGACCUGGUGGCGGAGGAGCAGCGGGACGUCAUCUUUAAGGAGCGCGAGCACGAUCUGACGCGUUGCUCGUUGCCGCUGGAAUGUACUGUCUUCCGGACCAGUAUCUGGGACGAGACACUGUACCGGGCAUGGAGCAACAUCGUUUACCAGCUGAUACCCAAUGUGAAGGCUUUGGAGCACUCGCUGAAUUACUUUGCCAAUGUGGUCGACGCGGACGAGGUGCUGCUGUUCGAACGGGCAACGUUCCUGGUGAUCUCCCACUGCCAGCGGACCCAGCACUGCGAUAGCCACCGGUUCGAGAAGGUGUCGAACAUAAUCAAGCAGUUCAAACUGUCUUGCUCGAAGCUGGGUGCAAAGUUUUCGUCGAUGGAGGUAAGAAAUAGUGUUUUCGCGGCGUUCAUUGACACUUUUACGAGUAACACGUACGUGAUGGUGGUGAUGUCUGAUCCGUCGAUACCGUCCGAGGCGACGCUGAUCAAUAUCCGGAACGCGCGCAAGUACUUCGAGGAGCUGGAGAACCCAAACAGCAACCUGAACACGAGUGGCAGCCAUUCGAGCAACCACCAUUUGCAUCACUCCGUUGGUGGGCAUGCUGGUCACGGCAUGGUGAACGGGGGUGCCCAUCCAAAUCAUUACGCGGGCAGCGGAGGUGGAUACCAUCAGUACGCGAUCGCUGGUCACGCGCAGCAACAGCAACACCCGUCGCAGCAAGCGCAGCAUCACCUGGCGCAGUACCAGGCCUAUCAUCAAAACAGCAAUGCCACAUCGAACGCCUAUCACUGAUACCUGUACCGGAAGGAAGUAUUACUACUUCCGGUGAAACCUCUAACCUGAGUGGACGUGAUCUUCCAGACGAAAGAAAAAGAGAGACAAAGAGGGAGCGAGAGAAAAAGAGAACCAACUUUGUACUGUGCGUUGCAUUACGCUUCCUUCCUUCACUAAUGGGACUCCGGUACCGGUCGCGGCGGCCGUUGGACGACCGCGAAGAUCGAAUCCUAUUGACCGAUCGGUGGGAGGAAAUGGAAGAGCACAACCGAACAGAUCAUCCUUAACUAAGUCACCGGUUGCUUUGGGAAUCGUUAGAAAAGCGAGGGGCCUUCCUAUUGCGCCGAUAGUCCCCACUGUUGUUACUCGUUUGUUGUUAGUUUUGUUCACGCCUUCUCGAUCCAAAAGCGAGCCACGUUGCCGUCGUCGUCGGUGAUUGUUGUUGAUCGUGUGUUAUGAGUUUCAGAAAUUGAUUUCUAGCGAUUAGAUUCUCUGUUUAUCCCUUUUUUAUAUGAAUAAGCUUUAUUGUCAAAGAAUCGUUUUUAUAAUGCGCUGCCGCAGCCCAAUCCGCCAUAUGUUUGUUCCGCUUUUUCCCGAGCGCACAGCGAGUGGCCAGAACCCUUCUUCACAUCUCCUCGUAGUUCCGGGGCGUAUCGGGGCAAGACUAAGUCGGACCAACCGAACAAUGCUAUACCUCCUCAUACUAUCGUGCAAUCCUAUCGGGUGUUUAACGGGAAGGGGCAACAAGCUGUGACUUGUGGCGGGGGGACUUAAGACACAAUUGAAAAGGAUCAAAAAUGUAAACUGAUUAGGGAAACAAUGAAAUGCAGACAUCAAACUUUAUAUGUUAUAGAAGAUACACAAUGAAAGGGUCAGCGCGGGAAACGGAUGAACUGAAGGGAAAGCCAAACUACAGACAAAUACAAAAUAUAUG